AUGAUGGCUCAAUCAACACUCAACCACAAAUCAACUCAAUGGAAAUACAUCCGUAUCACGGAUAUGUCGGUCGAGAAAAAUGAAGAGGCACCGAAUUCAUUGACCGACUGGGUGGCCCAUAUUCGUGAUGGCUCACUGCUUUAUCCCAGCCAUCGCGUAGUCCCCAAAGACUUCCGGAAGGAGUACGCUUAUGGAUACUUCCUAAUUGAUAUGGACGAUGUGGGCGGUGUUACUUUCUUGGAGAAAUCAUCACGCAACUUCUCGUGGACAGAAGAACAAGUGAAGAAAGUUUCCAAUCUCACUUCCUUCACCGAAAUGAUUUCCUCGGUGUCCCAUGGCAGUUUCAAGAAGAAAAUGUAUCUUCGCGUGGUGCCCUCAAUCAAAAGUGACGAAGAGCCACGCGUCUUCAUUGAUGAGCUUGCUGAAAUGGUCCCAAUCUUGAGGGAACAACAAGGGAAUCCGUUCGAAAAUCCGAUGACUCCACAACUAAACAUCUAUCGAAAACUGGGAUUCGGUGAUCAUAUCCCGGAAAUACUGAGAUUCGGCAGAAGCAACAUCACAACCCACUUCUCGGCAUUGAAAAGAAUUCUCGAGGAGUAUGAUAUCGAUAAGACGUUGUUGACCCUUGUGGACGAUCCGGGAUUCAUUAUUGGAACUGAGAGAUCCAUGAGAAAUGGUGGAUCGUACUACCUUCUGAACAAGUGGAGCAAUCCAGUCAUCAGUCGCUCUCAGGCCACACUGAUGCUAGUUCAGUCCCUCGUUGCCAAUGUUAAUUGGAGAAGAACUCCAUAUUCCUCAAAAGAAGAAGUCGUCAAUGAAAUAUCGGACUUCGCAUUGGUUACUGAGGGGUUCUUCUUCGAUAUGAGUACCGUCCUCAGAAAGAUUGUGGAUAUCAAAAAGAACAAUGGAGGGUUAUAUAAGGGUAUCAAGAAACUCAAUAUCAUAUUCCCAACAAUGCAACCGUACCACAUGGAGGAGAUUGGCAAAUACAAGGAAAUGUGCAAAGAAUACGGGAUUACUGAGAAGGUCCUGGAAAACGACGUCAUCCAUGUCUGGGUUCUUCGAGGAUUGUUGAUGAUCGGAUGCAUUGAAAGUGUUUUCACUGGAGAGUGCUGCCUCUCCUUAUUGAAACCACUUAUUGCGGAUACAGUUCUCGACGCGAUGACGUCUAGAUUCCCAAAUGACUAUCGGGACUUCAUCUGUCACAAUUCCGACAACAACAUUCCUCCUUGCACUGUUCAUUUUAACAGAGAAAACGGUCUUGUCUUAGGUCCACGUUGCCCCAAUUGCAAUAAGACCCGGGUUGAAGUAUUGGUAGCCGAAACUGCAUUCAACACGAAAAACGCCAAAUGUUAUAGCUUGCUUGAAGAAAAAGAAAUUGCUGAAAAAGCUAGAAAUGAGCUGAAAAUAAAAAACUUUAGAAAGCAAGCCAAUCUGAGAUCAUCGCUGCGUGAAUCAAUGAGAAAAGCAACAGUUAUACAAAAGGAGCUGGCUGACUUGGAGCUGUCUUACGGAGGAACUUUGCCAAACGAUGAUUUGAACAAAAUAAUUUCUGAGCUCCAAGUGGAAUACUUCAACCAAAAAGAAACCUUCGACAAAUUAAAGAGUUCUUUGAGCCGGGCUAAAAUGGAAAUGAUGACGCCAUACGAACAAGUACAAUAUGGAAAAGAAUUUGUCAACAUUCAUCUUCGCAGAAUGCAAACUUCCAUUGCUCAAAGCCAGAACGCUAGACAAUCUUCUGCUACUUCGACUUCUACGGCAUGA